CAUCCAUCUCUCCAAAAUCUCCAUUGCAAAUCUCCAACUUCCUCCUAAGUCGACAUUAUGGCUGAAACUAAAUCCUCCGCCGUCUUUCUUCCUCUCCUAGUGACGCUUGCCACUUUAGUACUGUUGGCAUUAUCGUCCUUGGCCGCUGCAGAAUCCCAGGAAACCUCCUUCGCCACAAAGAAGCUGCCUAUGACGAAGAAGAAAGAAAAGCUAACCCACCUCCACUUCUACUGGUGCAACUUCCAGAGAGCGCCCACGGCCUUGAGCGUCGCCCCGAUCCUCAACAACGCCACUUUCUACGGCGCCGUGACCAUCAACGACGAUACGCUGACGUUGGGCCCGGACCCAGAUAAUUCGACGUCCGUGGGGAAAGCCCGUGGGCUUUACCAUUUCCCUUCCAACACGACCAACUUCGUCUACGAGAUGAUAUACAGCUUCGCCUUCACUUACGGUGACUACAACGGCAGCUCACUCUCCCUUCUGGGUUCCGUCUUCCCGAUAUCAGGAAAAGCCAGCGAGCUCACGGUCGCCGGCGGCACGGGCGUAUUCCGCUUCGCUCGUGGAUACGCCGCCUUGAAAUUCGCCUCGCGUGAUCCGAAACGCAACUUGCGCGUCAACGAGCUUGACGUCUACGUUUCCCAUUACUAGUUUCGUCUACGUAGCUUUGCUACAGAAAUUCGUUGUUGCUGCUGCUAUUGUUGUUUUUUCUUUCUGCUUUUUCGAUAUUUUCAUUCCAUGAAGGUGUGCGUAACAGUUUAUGUGUGUGCUUAUUUAUUUAAUUUUCAAUAGUACUGAUUAAUCAAUAAAAUGACGUUAUAUUGUUUUUCUAUUUAACGUACAUCAGCAAGUAUGCAAAGCAAGAUACUGUGACAAGGUGUAAUACAAGACACCUCUACGACGACACAGAUUGCUACAUGUCAAGUAAUACGACAGUUGCAAGAGGUUUAUUAAAGACAAUUACUCCUUAUGGCUAUAAAUAGGAGAAAACAAGAUCGAAAAAGUUAUCAACUUUGACAUGCAUGCCAAAUUUUAUCCUUUUUUUCUACAAAGUAGCGAUAGGAGUGGUGUCUGGAGCUCUCACCAAAUCACCGUAGGAUUCCGUAGUUUAUAUCAAUAUGCAGGAUCCAAGCUGGAGCUAAGUUUGACAAGUUCAAUCACCUUUCUCAUUAAAUCAGAACCUUAUUUAUGUUGUUUCAACAUCUAUGGUUAUUUGUUCGAUCAACUUUGACAUGCAUGCCAAAUUUUAUCCUUUUUUUCUACAAAGUAGCGAUAGGAGUGGUUAGGCAUGGCAACGGGUGGGUAUGGGUACGGAUAGUGGCUCCCCAAUCCCCGCCCGCACAUACAAACGGGUUUUACCCGUCCCCGUCCGGAAUAAGCUAUGGAUACUAAAUCACUACCCAUACCCAUGCGGGUUUGGGCAUUCCCCGGUUGGCCGGGUUUUACCCGCCGCACUCAUAGGACUGCCGACGAUUGAUCUCAAGUUCGGCGUCACGUAGUCGUACAGACUCAGACCAUCACCGCAAAGCAGAGGAGACAAUCAAUAGCGUGCCGGCGGGAGAUGCAGCGACCACUGAAUGGCAGAGCUCCUCCCGUCACUUCGCUUGAUGAAGAGUUCGGCGGCGGCCUGGAGAAUUCGCGGCAGUCGAUGCAGUGCAGCACAGGGAAAAGAUGAAGAAAAUGUUGAGUUCUUUUCUCCUUGAAGUUCGUUUAUGGUGAAGAAGAGAUGUUAUAAACGCGCUGCUACGGAUCGGGAAAUCGCCGGAAUCGACAAAGCAAGAAUACGAAAGCGAGAAUCGAAAAACACAGGCACACGAUUUACGUGGUUCACUAACACGAUGUGUGUUAGCUACGUCCACGUGCGAGAGAGAGCCGAUUUCACUAUAUCGAGGAGAUUACAGAUUACAGAGGAGUAUGAGAAGUAUUUAUAGUACUUCUCCAUGUGGGUCUAAACCUAAUCCAAUCUAGCAAAGGAAAACGGUUACAGACCAGGCCCGAUUACCAGUCGUAGCAGCUGAUAGUCCGAUUCAAGUCACAUCAACAAGAGAGAUAAGAGAAAAGGGGAGGAAAGAAAGAGUUGGGGGCGGCCAAAACAUCGGGGAGGUUAGAGAGAGUUAGUCUAGGGUUUAGUUUUUUUGGCUUGGAAUGAGGAAGGUAAUGGAUCAGGAUUGGCUGGUUUGAGAGAAGGUAAUGGGUCAGGUAUGCAUAUCGGACGAGGCCGGGGCGGAUAGUCUGAUAUCCAUCCCCGACCCAUCCCCGUUACUGUGCAUAUUUCGGGUUUCCCUGAAUCCGGCCCAUAUCCGACAUUGACGGGUUUCAAAGCGGGCUUGACUGGGCGGGUGCGGGUUAUACCCACUAUUAUUUUACCCAUUGCCAUCCCUAGCAGUGGUGUCUGGAGCUCUCACUAAAUCACCGUAGGAUUUCGUAGUUUAUAUCAAUAUGCAGGAUCCAAGCUGGAGCUAAGUUUGAGAAGUUCAAUCACCUUUCUCACUAAAUCAGAACCUUAUUUAUGUUGUUUCAACAUCUAUGGUUAUUUGUUCGAUCGAGGAGAUAAUUAAUUAUGGUUGGAGUUUCAUUUGGAAAUUCGAAAUAGACAAUAAUGUAUCAAAAUUAAGACAAUAUUUAGCA